AUGACAAGACAAGGUUCAGAGCGUCCUGAUAAAGGAAAAGGGGUAGCAAGGCCUACAAAGAGGCAACGGCAAGCACCAAACCUCCUACACCCUUCUCCUCCUCCUGCAGCACACCCUUCUACUACCCCUACAGUAGACCCUUCUCCUCCUCCUGCAGCACACCCUUUUACUACCCCUGCAGCAGACCCUCUUCCUCCUCCUGUUAUUGCCACCCCCACUCCUCUCCCUGACCCUACUUCUAUACCUUCCUCAUCUUCUGUACCUCCUUCUGAGACUGUCACACCACUUGUUGAUCCAGAUUCAAGUGGUGAAGGUGAAGGGAUGCCCGCAAUGCAGGACAGCGCCCUAACUGGCUGGGUGAAAAAAUUUGGAACUCUUUACUAG